CAAAAAAAGAGAGGAGAGAAAAAAUUACAUACCCAAUUUACGUUACAUUAAUUUAUUAAAAAACAAAAAACGGAUAAUAUUUUAAACAUUAUCAUCUAUUGUUUCUUAAUUAAAAGAACGAGUGAAAUUUCAUAAACAAAGAUAUAAGUAAUGUAAUAAAUAUAGUCAGGAUUGUCGGUAAUUGGAGGAACGAGUAUUUGUUGAUCAAAUUUAAUUACAGUUGAAUUAUAUAAAAUAUGGAACGUCCAGCACGUGCAGCUUCACCUGAAUAUCCAGAAGAAUUACCAAACGACAAUGAAGUAAUUGAAAUUGAUAAUUCUGAUGUUGACAAUAGUCAAGUUUCACCUCAUCUUCAAGAGUACAAUAUUAUAUCACGAAAUAUACAGGUUAUACAGGAUAUUAUUGAUCAGAAUGUAGAAUUAAUGAAUCAUCAUAAUGAAGAUGAAAGUGUUCAAAACGAAAAUCGACAAAAUGAAGAUGUAAAUCGUGGUAAUGUUUUACCAGAAGAAGAUAGUGAUAAUGAAACUAUUGAAGUUGUACGUCGUAAUGCUCGUCGUAUUCUUAGUGUAGAUAGUUCUGAUAGUCAAAUUGAUGCAAUAGAAGAACAAAAAGAAGAAAAAGAAGAAGAGUCAGCUCGUAAACGUCCUCGUCUUGAUGAUGAAAAAAUAUCAACAGAUAAAGAAGAUGAAUCAUGGUGUCAAAUAUGCAUGGAAGCAUGGACAAGUUCUGGUGUACAUAGAUUAUGUUGUCUUUCAUGUGGUCAUCUUUUUGGUCAAGAAUGUGUUGUACGUUGGUUAAAAGAAUGUACAGUAGCAACACGUCGUUGUCCAACAUGUAAUGUAAAAGCUGAUUUAAAAGAUGUACGUGUAUUAUAUGCCAACAAAUUAAUAGCCAUUGAUAAUUCAGAAGUAAAUCGUCUUAAAAUUGAUAAUGAAACAUUAAAUUCUAAAAAUAAAAUACUUGAAUUACAAUUAUCAACAUCAGAAUUAAGAAAUCGAGUAUUUAAUGAACAAGUACAAGGUUUAAUGCGUAAAAUAAAUGAAUUAGAAAAUCAAUUAAAAGAAAAUAUUGUAUUAAUGAAAGAAAAAUAUAAUGAUACAACAACAAUAACAGAUUUAUGUUAUCAAAAAAAUAAAAAAUUUCAUAUGGAAAAAUCAAUUGAAAUUGAUCCAUCAAAUGGCUGUAGAGUAUUUGAUUUUAAUAAAAAAACAGGACAUCUUGCAAUAUCACAAAAAACAUCAACAAGAUUUUCAAUGUUUGCUGGUUAUGGUAUUAAAUUAUUUGAUGUUAAUUUAAUGAAUUCAGUAACAUUUAUACCAGUACAUCAAGAUGCAAUACGUGAUUUAUCAUUUCAUUCAUCUCAUCAAUCACUUGUAUUGAGUGUUGGUUUUGAUAAAACAGCAAAAUUAGUUGAUGUUAAUACAAAAUCAGUUGUACAUAAUUUUCCAGUUGGUUUAAAAGCAUGGAGUUGUUGUUGGGCUGGUGAUGAUCCAAAUAAUUUUUUGGUUGGUUGUGAACAAGGUAAAAUUGUUUAUUUUGAUAUUAGACAAACAUCUGGUGCUGUUGAUACACUUAGUAAUACUGGUGUUAGAUCACCAGUAAUAUCACUUGCAUCAGUACCACCAACAUCAUCAUGUGGUAUUCCACGUGGUGGUUUUUUAGCAUGUACACUUAAUUCAUGUUAUGCAUAUGAACAAAAAAAUAAUAUAUAUACACCAAAACAAAUGUUUAAAAAUGGAUCAUAUUUUUGUGUUAAAUAUGAUGAAAAUUGUGCACAUGGAUUAAUUUCAUGUCGUGGUAAAAAUACAAAAGAUUCAACAUUUUCUGAUCAGCAAUCUAAACAUUCAAUUUUUUCAAUUGAAAGAGGACAAAAUGAUUCAGUUGAUUGUCAAAUUGUACAUACAUUUGAAGCUGGUGAUAAACAAACAAAUAUAACACGACCUUGUUUUAUAAAUGUUGAUGAUGAUACACUCAUUGCAGCAUAUCAAGAAUCAACAAAAUCUAUACCACUACGAUCAUUGUCAACUGGUAAAUUAAUUUACUCAAUACCUGCAAAUGAUCCUGUUAUUGAUAUUUGCUCAUUCAAAGCUAACAAUAAACUUUGUUUGGCUACAUUAACCAGUUCACAUCUUCGACUUUAUCAUUAUUCUAAUUAUUAAAAAAUUUAUUUCUUUCUCAGUAUUAUUUAUUUUUUAUUUUGUAGCUUUUUCUUAGAUACAUGUAUUGUCACAAUUUCGUUUCAUGACUUGAUAAAUAAAAAUUACUCUCUGCUUGUCUCAAUUGAAAGAUUAUAAUAUUUUUAAUCUUUUUAAUUUAAUAAUUUCUUCUUUAAUUUUUGUAUGCUAUUAUUAUUUUUUUUUUUUCUUUUUAUUACAAGUUUCUUGUGGGUUUUUUGGCAAGCUAUGUCCAUGAUAAAAUAUUAAUAUAAAAUUUACAAAAUAAAGUUUAAUAUUUUAUAAAAAUUAAUGUAGUAAAAGUAUAUAUUUAAAAUAAUAAAAUGUUUGAUAUUAUAUCCAAGUUUAAGAAAAGUUAUUUGAUAUACCUGGAAGAGUAUAAUAAAAAUGAAAAAUAAUUUUUUUUCAACAUUGGACAUCGUACUGACGCAUCUUGCUAUUAAUUUUUAUUGAGUUUUUAUAUAUUUUUUCUUCAAGUUUAAAAGAUCAAGAAGAAUAAAAAAAUAACAAUGAUACAAAUUAUAACAAAAAAAAAAAACAUGUUUAUCAUAAAAACAAAUAAAAAAUUAAUGUAAUAACCAAGAAGUAUUCCUGUGGAAAUUAUUAGUGUCAAUUUUUUUGUAACAGUGAUUUAAAAAAAAAAAAGAAUUAUUUCUAAUAAAUAUUAUUAAACAAAC